CAUUACAGAGUAACUGGGUCACGUGAGAUGCUCCUCUAAGAGUGCUGUGACGUGGUCGAGCACCGUCAGUGUAGCGGUGUCUGACAGACAGCUUUCACGGGCCAGCAGCUUGUCUCGGCUGGAUGAGAGAUCCGGYAGGGGUCGGGGUCGGUCCAAGACGUAUCAGAAGAAUGCUUCUGCAGAGGAGAAGAAGCGGAGUGUCCAGUCAAAGCCAGGAGCUGAAGGUAGAUGAGUUAUUGCUUUUGUUCUCCCUCUAGGAGUCGGGGUACAUGUUUAAACUGUGACUGGACUCAGAGGUGGAGCUGAUUUUUUUUUUUUUUUUUUUUUUUUUUUGUUGUUAUAAUUCUUUUUUCAUCCAUCGCGGUUCACUGCUAAUAACACUGCACAGCAGCCGGGCUCAGCAUCGUGGAGCAGCAGCCGCAUACCGGCAGCUCUGCCGCUGCCGCCGCCGCCGCCGCCGCUCUGCGUUUCCUUCCAGCGGGUUGGCUCCAGAUGAAAGUGCGAGGGAUGCGUUUUCAUUUUUAAAUGACAAGAACGUCUCUGUAGAGGAGGACAAACUUGGAUAAGAUCAAGGAAACAACUGGGAACUGCAUCGUAAAGCAAGAAAUGUGCAUUUGAAAAAAGAGUUAUAUAACGGACCCUGGGAAGAGAAGAGGGGUAAAAGGGAGUCGCACCAGGAGGAGAACCAAAAAAAAAAAAAAAAAAAAAAAAAAAAAUCCCCGCAGGUUACUUGAGGUUCUGCUGGCAUGAGGAGCAGGAGGGUCGUUUCCACAUCUAAGGUGUCUGUGCAAUUAGCGAAAAGGGAAGCGGAGGACGGAGGGCACAACUGAAGCCCCGGCCAGAAGAGGCGGUGAUGGCGGGUGAGAGUACCGGGGUUCAGUUCACCCGUGCGCCGACCGCAGCCCUGUCAGCAGCCGCAGCAUGAGGUGGAGGAGGGAGCAGACACAGAGGAGGUGACCCUUAUUAUAACCUGAAGAAGACAAGACCCAGUGCGUGACCCUGUUUGUCUGAAGUGCCAAAGAAGACAAGGAGAAGUGUUGCUGGUGAAAGAAUAGCCACCUUCUUCUUUCCACCAGGAGCCCUUUCAACCUUGCUUCAAGCUACACUUAGGGGCUCAACUGUUCCCUUGACUCCACUAGGAGCCUCGCUCCAACCCAUCUGCCAGCUCAGAUAACCUUCUGAUUGUUGGCAACCACAUGUUUGAGGUGACUGUAUGUGACCACCACCGCCCAUUCUCGAGAAGGAGCAGUGUCUCGCAACCCCAAUCUGCAUCAUGCAGUGGAGACGGCGGCACUUAUGUUCCAUCAAGAUGACCAUCAAACGUUCCCUGUUUCGGACCCAUGUGGCUGGUCUGCUCUCCCUGGCUCUUCUCUUUACAGUCUUUCUGUUUUUCAGCCACCAGGAAUGGCUGCCAGGGCACAAUGGGCCUCGUGACUACCCGCUGGCUUACACCAUCAGGGGUCUCCGGGCUCCCAAGGGAGAGGCCAACCAGAGCAGCUCCCUGAGGAGCCUGUGGAAGGAGACAGGGUAUGGCGCACCAAAGCCUCUUCUCAACCUCAGCUCUCAACAGGCAGAGGGAACAGCAGCUGAGCCAGGAGGAGGAGGUGGAGCUGGAGGAGGAUCCAGGACAGGCAUCGUGGGGCUUGGGGACUCCAUGAGCUCUAACAACAGUUUACAGAAGGAGAUGGAUGUUGGGGAGAAGCUUAGUGCUCAGCCCUACCGCUACAUCCUGAAUGAACCUUUCAAGUGCAGGGACAGUACGCCCUUCCUCAUCCUCCUCAUUGCUGCUGAGCCUAGACAGGCCGAUGCACGCAACGCAAUCCGGCAGACGUGGGGAAAUGAGAGUGUAGCAGGGGGCCUGGGAUUCAUCCGACUUUUUCUUCUUGGCACAGGAAAGAGUUCAGAUGCCUUCCUUCAAAGUAGCAUUGAAGAAGAGAGCCGUGUUUACCAUGAUAUCAUUCAACAGGACUAUCGGGACACCUACUACAACCUAACCACCAAAACCUUGAUGGGCAUGAACUGGGUAGCCACCUACUGCCCACGCGUCUCCUAUGUGAUGAAGACGGACAGUGACAUGUUCAUCAAUACAGAGUAUCUCAUCCAAAAGCUGCUAAAACCCGAAUUGCCCCCCAAACAGAAGUAUUUUACAGGCUAUCUAAUGAGGGGCUAUGCACCAAACCGAAACAAGGACAGUAAGUGGUACAUGCCACCAGAGCUUUAUCCAAGCGAGCGCUACCCAAUAUUUUGCUCAGGCACGGGGUACGUGUUCUCAGGGGACAUGGCCGAGUUGAUCUAUCAGGCCUCGCUAAGCAUACGCAGGCUGCAUCUGGAGGACGUGUAUGUAGGGAUCUGCCUGGCAAAGUUACGCAUCGACCCUGCACCCCCUCCCAAUGAGUUCCUCUUCAACCAUUGGCGCGUCUCUUAUUCCAGUUGCAAGUACAGCCACCUGAUCACAUCCCAUCAGUUUCAGCCCAAUGAACUCAUCAAGUACUGGAACCAUUUGCAGACCAACAAGCACAAUGCCUGUGUCAAUACGGCCAAGGAGAAGAACGGCAGACACAGACAUCGAAAGCUCCAUGGGGAGAGGCUUCCAUGAUGAAUCCUGUGACAACAGCUCACUUAAGGAAGUAAAGGAUCUUGUGCAAAGAAGGGAACAUUAAACUCGGCACUAUAUUUAAAAAAAAUAAAAGCACAUUGUUUUUGGUAUUGUGUACAGUUUAUGAACCAACCUAUUUUUUUAUUUUUGAAAGAGUUAUUGUAAAUCUAUUGAGCUAUUUCCGAAAGGAAGAAUAGGGGACAUGAAUAUGUGAUGCACAAAGAAAGCUGCAGCUCAAAAGUGGGGUUUUGGAUAAUUCAGGUGCCAACAGUUGGGUGGCAAUUCCUGCUCUUCUCUCCAGGGCAGUGCAGUAUGUCAGUCUAUGAUGUUUAAAGAGAUGGGUUAAAAAAAAAAAACACCAGUGUGUUUACACAGACAAAGGGAAAUGUACAUUUAUUUUGAAAAGUUACACUACCUAAAUAUGAAUGAAUGAUAUAAAUCUUUUAACACUGACCAGUUAUGCUGCCCUGUUUCUCAGUGUUUACUUUACAGAUCUAUAAAAGUACACUGCUAAGAGUGGUUUUCUUGUCAUCUAAUGUAUUUUAUUUUUCAAAGGAUUCACAUGAAGCACCACAAUCACAUCAGAGAUGACUGAGAUUGUAUUUUCUAAAGCUUUACAUUGAGUACUACUCUGCACUUAAGUAAACGUGCAAUGACUCAGUUAAAAAAAUAAAUGUACUGAAUUCA